AUGAUCGGCUCACUCCACUCCUCCUCGUCCUCCGACACCGACAGCAACAGGAACAACAGCGGCGGCGAGGGGGAGGCUUCUUUGCAUGGUGGCUUCGGGCGCACGGUCGCCGCGGCGGUGCCGUCCACGCGGGACCUCGUGCUAGCCUGCGCCGAUCUGAUGCAGCGCGGGGACCUCGCCGCCGCGCGCCGUGCCGCGGAGAUUCUCCUCUCCGCUGCGUCCCCGCGAGGCGACGCCACCGACCGUCUCGCCUACCACUUCGCCCGCGCGCUCGUGCUCCGCGUGGACGCCAAGGCCGGGCUGCCCUUCUCUCCGAGGUCGCCUACCGGGGCGGCGCCGGCGCCGUCCGGUGCUUACCUGGCGUUCAACCAGAUCGCGCCGUUCCUGCGGUUCGCGCACCUGACGGCCAACCAGGCCAUCCUGGAGGCCGUCGACGGCGCGCGCCGCGUCCACAUCCUCGACCUCGACGCCGCGCACGGCGUGCAGUGGCCACCGCUCCUCCAGGCGAUCGCCGAGAACGCAGACCCGGCGCUGGGCCCGCCCGAGGUCCGCAUCACCGGCGCCGGCGCCGACCACGACACGCUCCUCCGCACCGGCAACCGCCUCCGUGCCUUUGCCCGCUCCAUUCGACUCCCCUUCCACUUCACUCCGCUACUCCUCUCCUGCGCAAGCAGCACGCACCACGUCGCCGGCUCCAGCACCACUCCGAGCGCCACCGUAACGAGCCUGGAACUGCACGCCGACGAGACACUGGCCGUGAACUGCGUGCUGUUCCUGCACAAGCUCGGCGGGCAGGACGAGCUCGCGGCUUUCUUGAAGUGGGUCAAAGCCAUGGCCCCCGCCGUGGUGACCGUCUCCGAGAGGGAGGCGAGCGGCGGAGGGAUCGACCCCAUGGAGGAGCUCCCGCGCCGGGUCGGGGUGGCCAUGGAUCACUACUCGGCGGUGUUUGAGGCCCUGGAGGCGACGGUGCCGCCAGGGAGCCGGGAGAGGUUGGCGGUGGAACAGGAGGUGCUGGGCAGGGAGAUCGAGGCCGCAGUGGGGAGCACCGGCGGGAGGUGGUGGCGAGGACUCGAAAGGUGGGCCACCGCCGCACGCGUCGCCGGGUUCGCCGCGCGGCCUCUCAGCGCGUUUGCCGUGUCGCAGGCGCGGCUGCUGCUGCGGUUGCACUACCCGUCGGAGGGCUACCUCGUGCAGGAGGCGCGCGGCGCAUGCUUCCUCGGGUGGCAGACGCGGCCUCUGCUGUCCGUGUCGUCGUGGCGACCGUGGUGCACCCAAGGGAGGUCGUGGUCGAGGCCGGACCCCCACACGAUUUGUUGA